UCCGAGUGCGCCCGGGCUCUGCGGCAGCUGGAGGGGUGCUCCUGCGCCUGCUGGGGCCGCACCUCGAGCCGGGUCCGCCGGCGGCUCUGCAGCCAUGUCGGGCCGCUCGGUGCCACAUGCCCACCCGGCCACCGCCGAGUACGAGUUUGCCAACCCGAGCCGCCUGGGCGAGCAGCGCUUCGGGGAAGGCCUCCUGCCAGAAGAGAUCCUGACCCCCACCCUCUACCAUGGCUACUAUGUCCGGCCCCGGGCUGCCCAAGCUGGGGAGGGUAGCAGGGCAGGGGCCUCUGAGCUUCGGCUCAGUGAGGGCAAGUUCCAGGCAUUUCUGGAUGUGAGUCACUUUACCCCUGAUGAGGUAACCGUGAGGACUGUGGACAACCUACUGGAGGUGUCUGCCCGGCACCCUCAGCGCCUGGACCGCCAUGGCUUCGUGUCCAGAGAGUUCUGCCGAACCUACGUCCUGCCUGCUGAUGUUGACCCCUGGCGGGUCCGCGCUGCUCUCUCCCACGAUGGCAUCCUCAACCUGGAGGCACCUCGGGGCGGCCGACAUUUGGACACAGAGGUCAAUGAGGUCUACAUCUCCCUGCUCCCUGCACCUCCUGAUCCAGAAGAAGAGGAGGCAGCCAGUGUUGAGCCCUGAGUGCCACAGACCCAGCACCCUUUCUAGCUCCCACGGUGAUAGGACUAGCUGCUCACCACCCCAGAGGUAGCAGCAUCCUUGGGGGAAGGGAAAAGUGCAUGGUCACCAUGUAUGGUUUGGUCCCUUGGGACGUGUCAUAGUGUUUUCAUUUAGUUUUGGGUGGAGCUGAAUAAACCCAAAUCUCAGGGC